AUGCCUGGAGUUCUCGACGAUGCCAACGAAGAUGAUCGCCGAGAAGCCUUUGAAAAUUUCCGUCGUCGACGUGAUCGUCGAGGGGAACACAACCGCCAGAGAAACCAUCGUCAGUCUCACCAGAGUCGCAGCGCCAACGAUUCUGGGCAAAUUCCAGGCGAGUCAUAUCAGCCAUCCCAGCGUAAGGCCCCUAUGAAAGACCCUCAUAUGGGAGGCAAUACACCCAAGUUCUCGGCAGACUCAUCGCCAUCUCCGCAUACGCGCCCCGAUCCGUCUAGCUCUCACGAGAGGCCUCUCCGUGAGGUUUCUGGGGCAAGGCGUCUCGCCGCUAAGGUCAAAACUCUCGGAGAAGACCUCGGGGAUGUGCUCAAAGGGUUUUUGGAAGAGCUCUCCGGCGCCCUCAAUACACUCGCCACAUCUGUCUGGAAUGGACUCAAGCUGGCCUUCCUGUUCUUCCGCAUUGUCAAGUGUCUGACUCCUUCGAUAAUUAUCCAAGCGGCCCUUACUGCCUUUUUCUCCGCCUUCUUUAUCCUCGUAGGCUUGGCAGUCCUUCUGAACACGCUCAUCCACGGUUUUGGGAGCACAUGUAACACCUGGGACUCCCAUGCGCCCGCCAUUCUCACACCGUUCCCCGGCUGUGGUCAAACGGCUCCUCCUACACAGAAUCAAGGACUUUCAGGUGAAGACACUCUGGACGGCUUUACACCACGAAUAUCACCCCCGUUUUCGUUCUUGGUGCACAGCUUGGACAAUACUGAUGAAAAGGUCAGCGAACUGACAGACUCAUGGUUCAGCCACCCGACAAUCUGGAUCAAAGAUCUCAAGGGGGGAGUAUCUCAGGUUGAAUCAUUAGAGAAGGACUUUGCCCAAGAGCUUGAAUAUAGUUGGGAGUCUGUGAAUAGCUAUAUCAGGCGCUUUCGUCAUGCAGAUGAAGCUCCAGCUUGGUGGGGGGCUAUCAUCGAGACUAUGGGUUUCAGCAGCAAAGCUCAGGCCAAGGUCGUGGAAGCACAGAACUUGCAGCUGCAGGAAAUCCUGAGUCAUUCCCAGAACCGGACACGAGCGGUGAGCGCCAGUCUCGAGGUGAUAAAAAGUAGUGGCAUUUUUAGCAAGUCGUGGGUCCAGCAAAUGGAUUCAUUUAGCCAGCAAAUCCAAGAGCCAUUGGGGCUAAGCCAUGUCAAAGAAUCAAGCCUCCAUGAGGCAUACUAUAGCUUCACUGUAUCUUCCAGUAGCGGCAAUUACUACAAAAGUCUGCUGGAAGACCGGGGCAGGAGGCUGAAGAGCGAUUCGGACUGGCUCUGGGCUAAACUUCAGAGCCUCAAGGAUGAUCAUGUGGCUCUCAGAAACGGGCCUGGCAAAAUGGCGAAGAAUGAGUGGGCUACCGUGCUGAGCGAAAUGCAGACAAGGAUCUUGAAUAUAGCGAUAGAUUGGAGGAGGAGGCUCAGGGAGCAUUUCGUGGAGAGCCACAGUGGGUAG